GCUGGAGAGCCGGAGACUGUGAGGAGGCGGCGGCGGAGGCGGGGCGACUCCGGUGACCGGGAGCGCCUCAGACUAGCAGCUGCGGCGACUCCCCCCUUUGUGUCUGGUCGGCUUGGAACCACUGGAGGUGCUUCCCGGAGGGGCUCAGGGUGUUUCGCAAGCUCUGCUGCCCACCCCUUCCUCGGCCACCUACGUCCGUCUUCCCGCCGCCCCCCGCCCUCGGCCCGCGACGCCCGAGCUCCGCCCGGAGCCCAGAGCUGCGGAGAACGAGGCGGCGGCGGCGGCGGCGGCGGAGGCUUUCUCCAGAGGGGCUGCGAUUUGCUCACGCAAGCCAUCGACGGGAGGAGACCCGGCUUUCAUGGUGGAAUUUACUUCAGGCAAGAGCAAGGGGCUGGAGUAGCCAAGAGCGAGGCCACGGGAGGAGCGCCUUCGAAGGGCCAGCCCCGCACCUCCCCGCGUGUCGCUCGCCGGGGCUCGCCGAGCCGCCGCGACCCUCCCCUCCCCCGCGCCCCGAGGCCCAGCCUGCGCGACCCUCGCGCGAUUGUUCCGAGGAAGCUGUGGGCUCGCCCAUGGAAACAGGCACCUUUUUCGACCCAGUCGGUGGAAAGGAUUUGUUGAUGUCGAAAUCCGAGUGAAGGAAGCAACGAAGCGAAACUUUAAAAGGAACCCCACUGUCCUCCGAGUCCGGAGCGAUGCCACUCCGGCGGUCGGGCGCCGUUGCCUGCCUUGCUUCGCCCUUCCUGGCGGUCGGGAACUUGUUCUGAUCCUCAGUGCUCCCAUCGAGUCAUCGCCCUCCACCCCCCACCCCCCACCCCCGGCACUCUGGAUAUGUUUUCUCCCAGAUCUGGAUAUUUUUUUGAUAUCGUGAAACUACGAGGGAAAUAAUUGCAGGGGUUUCUACUGGGCUCCCUGCGUCUUCUCCAUGGACAUGCCUUCAACUUGGGGAGCCGAGGUACUCCGUCCUAGGCGAAUGAAGCUCCCCAGCCACGAGGGAGCGAAAUGAAGGGAAAUUCUGCAGUGGAAUGAGAGCUCUACUAGUUAGGUCCUCGCAUCUGCCAUUUGUCCUUUCAAACUGCAUUGUAAUCCGGGCAGGAUAAAUCAGACGAAGAGCAGCCUCCUAGCCGGAUUUCUCCGCCCGUAUUUACUUUCCAGAUUUCUUUUCUUUGCCCUCCUGCUUCUUGGCUGGCCCAGGGAUGACUUCCUCGCUGCAGCGGCCCUUUCGGGUGCCCUGGCUGCUAUGGGCCGUCCUACUGGUCAGCACUACGGCUGCUUCCCAGAAUCAAGAACGGCUGUGUGCAUUUAAAGACCCAUACCAGCAAGACCUUGGGGUAGGAGAGAGCCGGAUCUCUCACGAGAACGGGACAAUACUGUGCUCCAAGGGGAGCACCUGUUACGGUCUGUGGGAGAAAUCAAAAGGGGACAUCAAUCUUGUGAAACAAGGAUGUUGGUCUCACAUUGGCGAUCCCCAAGAGUGUCACUAUGAAGAAUGUGUAGUCACUACCACCCCACCCUCAAUUCAGAACGGAACGUACCGUUUUUGCUGCUGUAGUACAGAUUUGUGUAAUGUCAACUUUACUGAGAACUUUCCACCUCCUGAUACAACACCACUCAGUCCACCUCAUUCAUUUAAUCGAGAUGAAACAAUAAUCAUUGCUUUGGCUUCGGUUUCUGUAUUAGCUGUUUUGAUAGUCGCCUUAUGUUUUGGAUACAGAAUGUUGACAGGAGACCGAAAACAGGGUCUUCACAGUAUGAACAUGAUGGAGGCCGCAGCAGCAGAGCCCUCCCUUGACCUGGAUAACCUGAAGCUGCUGGAGCUGAUUGGACGGGGCCGAUACGGAGCAGUAUAUAAAGGUUCCUUGGAUGAGCGUCCAGUUGCUGUAAAAGUAUUUUCUUUUGCAAACCGUCAGAAUUUUAUAAAUGAAAAAAACAUUUACAGAGUGCCUUUGAUGGAGCAUGACAACAUCGCUCGCUUCAUAGUUGGAGACGAGAGGCUCACUGCGGAUGGACGCAUGGAGUAUUUACUUGUGAUGGAGUAUUAUCCCAAUGGAUCUCUGUGCAAAUAUCUGAGUCUCCACACAAGUGAUUGGGUAAGCUCUUGCCGUCUGGCUCAUUCUGUGACUAGAGGACUGGCUUAUCUUCACACAGAGUUACCACGAGGAGAUCAUUAUAAACCUGCAAUUUCCCAUCGAGAUUUAAACAGCAGAAACGUCCUGGUAAAGAAUGACGGCACGUGUGUUAUCAGUGACUUUGGUUUAUCCAUGAGGCUAACUGGAAAUAGGCUGGUACGCCCAGGGGAAGAAGAUAAUGCGGCUAUAAGUGAGGUUGGCACAAUUCGCUAUAUGGCACCAGAAGUGCUAGAGGGAGCUGUGAACCUGAGGGACUGUGAGUCAGCUCUGAAGCAAGUGGACAUGUAUGCGCUUGGGCUCAUCUACUGGGAGGUGUUUAUGAGGUGUACAGACCUCUUCCCAGGUGAAUCUGUACCUGAUUACCAGAUGGCUUUUCAGACAGAAGUUGGAAACCAUCCCACAUUUGAGGAUAUGCAGGUUCUUGUGUCGAGAGAAAAGCAGAGACCAAAGUUUCCAGAAGCCUGGAAAGAAAACAGUCUGGCAGUGAGGUCACUCAAGGAGACAAUCGAAGACUGCUGGGACCAGGAUGCAGAGGCUCGGCUCACUGCACAGUGUGCAGAGGAGAGAAUGGCUGAACUCAUGAUGAUAUGGGAGAGAAACAAGUCUGUGAGCCCAACGGUCAACCCAAUGUCAACUGCUGUGCAGAACGAACGCAACCUGUCACAUAAUAGGCGUGUGCCAAAAAUUGGGCCUUACCCAGAUUAUUCCUCUUCCUCAUAUAUUGAAGACUCUAUCCAUCACACUGACAGCAUUGUGAAGAAUAUUUCCUCUGAGCAUUCGAUGUCCAGCACACCGCUGACAAUAGGAGAAAAGAACCGAAAUUCAAUUAAUUAUGAACGACAGCAAGCACAAGCUCGAAUCCCUAGCCCAGAAACAAGCGUCACAAGCCUGUCCACAAACACAACCACCACAAACACCACCGGCCUCACUCCCAGUACUGGCAUGACCACCAUAUCUGAGAUGCCGUACCCAGAUGAGACACAUUUGCAUGCCACAAACGUUGCACAGUCAAUCGGGCCAACCCCUGUCUGCUUACAGCUGACAGAAGAAGACUUGGAGACUAAUAAGCUAGACCCAAAAGAAGUUGAUAAGAACCUCAAGGAAAGCUCAGAUGAGAAUCUCAUGGAGCAUUCUCUGAAGCAGUUCAGUGGGCCAGACCCAUUGAGCAGUACCAGUUCUAGCUUGCUUUAUCCGCUCAUAAAGCUUGCAGUGGAAGUGACUGGGCAACAGGACUUCACACAGGCUGCAAAUGGGCAAGCAUGUUUAAUUCCUGAUGUUCCACCUGCUCAGAUCUACCCUCUCCCUAAGCAACAGAACCUUCCUAAGAGACCUACUAGUUUGCCUUUGAACACCAAAAAUUCAACAAAAGAACCCCGUCUAAAAUUUGGCAACAAGCACAAAUCAAACUUGAAACAAGUAGAAACUGGAGUUGCCAAGAUGAAUACCAUCAAUGCAGCAGAGCCUCAUGUGGUGACAGUAACUAUGAAUGGUGUGGCAGGUAGAAGCCACAAUGUUAAUUCCCAUGCUGCCACAACCCAGUAUGCCAAUGGGGCAGUGCCGUCUGGCCAGGCAGCCAACAUAGUGGCACAUAGGGCCCAAGAGAUGCUGCAGAAUCAAUUUAUUGGUGAGGAUACCAGGCUGAAUAUCAAUUCCAGUCCUGAUGAGCAUGAACCUUUACUGAGACGAGAGCAACAGGCUGGCCAUGAUGAAGGGGUUCUGGAUCGUUUGGUAGACAGGAGGGAACGGCCAUUAGAAGGUGGCCGAACUAAUUCCAAUAACAACAACAGCAACCCAUGCUCAGAACAAGAUGUCCGUACACAAGGUGUUACAAGCACAGCUGCAGACCCUGGGCCAUCGAAGCCCAGGAGAGCACAGAGGCCCAGUUCUCUGGACCUUUCAGCCACAAAUAUCCUGGAUGGCUGCAGUAUACAGAUAGGUGAGUCAACACAAGAUGGCAAAUCAGGAUCAGGAGAAAAGAUCAAGAGACGUGUGAAAACUCCAUACUCUCUUAAGCGGUGGCGCCCCUCCACCUGGGUCAUCUCCACCGAGCCUCUGGACUGUGAGGUCAACAACAACGGCAGUGACAGGGCAGUCCACUCUAAAUCUAGCACUGCUGUGUACCUCUCAGAGGGAGGCACUGCCACAACCAUGGUGUCUAAAGAUAGCGGAAUGAAUUGUCUGUGAGAUGUUUUCACGCUUAUGCAGUAAAAUUAUUUUUUUGCGUCAUUUAAACAUGCAGAAGACAUUUAAAAAGCAAACUGCUUUAACCUCCUGUCAGCUCCCCUUCCCACUCUCAGCAAGGACUUGCUUUAAAUAGAUUUCAGCUAUGCAGAAAAUUUUAGCUUAUGCUUCCAUAUUUUUUAAUUUUGUUUUUUAAGUUUUGCACUUUUGUUUAGUCUCGCUAAACUUAUAUUUGUCUGUUAUGACCACAUUAUAUGUGUGCUUAUCAAAAGUGGUCUCAAAAUAUUUUUUUAAGAAAAAAAGCAAAAACAAUGUAUUGCUGAUAAUCAGUUUGGACCAUUUUCUAAAGGUCAUUAAAACAGAAGCAAAUGAAGACAGGUUUGACUGCAAUGGUGUCUGGUAUCCAUGUUUUAUUUCUGGGCACAAGCUAGUUUGUAUGUUAACAUGUUUUUUACCAUAAUCUGUUGGACAUUCUUUUCUCUUAUAUUUUAUUUGAAUGUGCAAUAGUCUAUAGACCACAAAGCUUUCUCAUCUGCUCGCUUCCUAGCAGGGCACACAUUCUUCCAUUGUUGAAACAUUUUCCCCGUUCUUCGAUAAUAUGAACAUUGUCUAGCUUUCUCCAUAUGGAGAUAAACAGACGCUGUCCAAAGGGCUCCACAAAGGACUUAGCAAAACCAUUUUUGAAAUGCCACUGUCUUCAGACCUUCCGAACGCUGUUUCCUUCCAGGCAUUGUAAUAAGCAUAUCUGGUUCUGAUUUUGGAAGUUCAUAAGAGAGCAUAGAACAAAACAGAAGAUAGCAAAUAUUAGCCUUUUCCAUUUUAUUUUUCUAUGUAUAUGUUCAUGUCUGUAUUCAUUAUUUAAGAAAUAUUUUUUAUCAGAAAAUGUAUAGAGCUAAACCUACAUGGAAUUUUUAAAUAAGUAUCUGGGCAAGGUGAUUAGUGUAGUAACUUUCAUUCUCUGGCCAUCACAAAUUAAAUUACAUUUUUAUUUAUAAUAACUUCAGAAGUAAGUGAUAGUUGAUUUGAAUCUGUAGUAUGGUUCAUUGUUUCCCAGCACAGCCUGACAGUUCUCUGUGAAAAAUGACUCCUCCUCCCAUGACCUGAAACGCUGUGGAAAGCUCGUCCAGCCAGCACGCCAGCUCCCUAAGGAAACAGGCCUGCUGCCAGACUUACACGACCCUUGAGCAGACUGACUGACCCUCUGUCUUUCCUAAGUUUAUUUCUUCACUAAUCCUGGUUUUGUAGUUUCUCCUUCUGCCAGUUUCACAUGUUCUUUGACUGCAAGCAGCAUUCACUGUGUGUUGUAGAGCAUGCUUCCCGUGAUGACAUGCUGUGAUGUCGCUGUCACACGGCUUUUGUUUCUUUUACUAAUGAUCUCUGAAACCACAGUUUCUGAGACUAUUAAUAAAGACUUUCUGUCAAAAAUUUAGGAAUUUUCCCUAAAAAUUGCUUCCUCUCAGUUUUCAGACAGAUUGUUCCCAUGCUUUUUCAGAUACUCAGAAUCCUUAAUAUCUAUUAUCUGAUUACAUUUUCAAUUUUAGCAGGGAGAUAAAAAGUUCAGGGCAAAUCUCCAAAUUCCUGAUUUUGGAUCUUCUGUCUUGAACACCGUGUUCUCAUCUUUCCUUUGGUUUAACUCAUACAUGAGCUUCCCUUACUUGCCAUCCGCCGUGCUCUGAUGUCACAGCAUUUACUGUGUCGUUAGCUGGGACGCUGACCGGAGCUCUCAGUUCUUAGGAUUAAGAUUAUCUCACUUGUGCCCAGGAUUCCUUUCUCACUUUUGUUUCAUUGGCCCCUCUUGUGGUUCAGAGUCUUAAUAUAUGUUUUUGUUUUCUGGCAUACAGUUGUUCUUUGGUUUUUUGGUAUUUUGGUUUUUUUUCCCUUAAUUGGUUACUGUCCUUUGUCUAUGUAACAAAUAAUUUGUAUCUUUCACUUAUUUCUUUUGUCCAAAUGGCUUUCAAAUGCAUUUCAGAUCAGCUUUAAAUCAAAAUAAAUUAUAUUCCUCCCAUCUCCAAUUUGAAACAUUAAGAAUAAAUGACCCUUUAUUUACAGUUUUUUUUUUAAUAGUUUGUAUUCAGGCCAAUCAGUUCUGAAUUUUCCAAGUCUUUAAUGUUUAAUAAUUGAAUGCUUUAAAAAUUAAUAUGCCAGAUAAAAGAAAUCUCUAUAGUUUCCCUCCCACCUCACACAAAUAUGUUUAAAACAAAUAAUCCUUUGAACUGCUUGAAGAAUAGGAAAGGUAGUAAAUAUAGGUCAUUUUAAUAAAUUUUGAAAUCUAUAAUACACAGCAUGCAGAAAUCCCUUUAAUAACUUAAAUUACUAGUUAGAUUUAUUUAAUCUGAUUCUUGAAGCUGAAAUGGAAUUUACCACAAAAUUACACACACACAAAUUAAUUGUAAUGUAAGCCUUUUGAAUAAAAGUCAUUCAAUUUAAAAAGAUUUCUCUGGAUAAUAAUGUAAUCUUAAAAACAUCAUAAUAGGACAUCAGAGUAUGAUGUUAGUUCCCUUAAGAAAAUACUAAUUGUGGGGCUGGAGAGAUGGCGUAAAAAUAACAGUGCUUCCUGUGCUUACAGAGGACCCAAGUUCAGUUCCCAGCAGCUGCCUGGCAGCUCACAACUUCCAUAGAAUCCAGUUCCCUUUUUUGGCCUCCAGUGACAUGCACAUAAUACCCCAUCCCACCCCCAACACACCAUACACGUAAUUAUAAAUGACAAAAGUAAAUCUUAAAAUAUUAGUUAUAUAUCAGAGCUAAGUAAUGGAAAAAACUUGGUUUGAAUUAUUUAUAGAAUAAAAUUAUUUAAAUAAUUUAAAUGUAUAAUUUAAAAAACACUGCUUCUGUAGAAGGUUAUGAAGACCUGUGCUGAAAACUGGCAUUACAUACACUUAUGUUUUCAUCCUCAGAGCAACCAUAUUAUAAUAUUCAUAUUUUACAAAUGAGGAACUAAAAAAGAGGAAAUUUGUCUAUCUUUCAUAGUCAGACACACCUGGGAUUUCACUCUGGGUCUGACUCCCCAUGUGUCUUUCAUGCACAACACACGGCCUACAUUUUUAUGAACUGAUGUGCAGUGUACUGACAUGUACACCAGCAGACCUGCCGUUUGUGUGUAAGCCAAGCCAGGUACCUUAAUGAUCUUAAGUUAGAUAAAUAAAGGUCCACAAUCACUAUUGCUUAAAAAAAAUUCCUAAUUCAAUACUAACUUCAGCCUACAUCUUAACGUUCGUUUUACCUAUCUCCUACUAUUUUUACAUAGCAGAACAAAAGGCAAGGUGAAUGUUAAAAGAAACAUAGCUGAGGGGACAGGAGCUCCCUAACGUGGCUCCUACGCCUCACUUGGGAGAAAGAGUUGCAUGUAAAUUUGCAAUCUUCUUAAUCCCUUGACUCCAUCUUUAAAAUUUUGGCUUUACCAAUGUCAGAAAAAUUGUUAAUCCAGAGAACUAAAUAAUCUGUAGAAAGAAUACAAAGUUAAUACUCUUUUUAUAAAGCAGACUAGUAUUGCUUCCAUACGUAUGUAUGCUUGUUCCAGAACGUGUAUGUUGAUUCUGAGUGAGAAAAUAAGGAGCACUCAAAUCAGUGGGAAUUACAAAUUUUACUUAAAAUAUUUCCGAGUUUGAUUUCUGAAUCCCAAAGGAACACCUGAUAUUGUACAGCUAUCACAGUGUACUUCUACUCUUUGUUAGUCAUUUAAAAUAGAAAAAAACCAAUAAAUACUGGUUUCCUCUUAUCAUGUUUAUAGACAUAAAUAUUUCAUUGGGAGUCACUCACUUCCAGAAUUUGAUAUUACAUCAUAUCACAUUUUAUAAGCUUAUGUAUAUGUUGUUACAUAACUAUCCACAGAUUUUUGAAAAUAUAUAAUUACCUUAUAUUCUUAACUUUUGAAGAUUCUGCACACAUUCUAAUUCUACUGUUCUAGACCAGUCAUUCUAGGAAGUGUGUAACACCCCUCAUAGACCAUAGGAGUCUCUUUUAGGCUAUGGUAAUUUUAAAUAGUCACACCCUUGACUAGCAGUGGGUUGUGGUGUAUUUUGUUUUGUUUUAUUUUGUUUUAAAAAUUUUUAUUUUUUUUAGCUUAUAAACUAUGCAAACUUCAUCCAAAAACUACCUUACAUGAUCCCUUCCUGUGCUCUUUGAUUCUGUCAGUCUAGCCAGUUUCUUUCUGAGCUACUGAACAAAGGUUAUUAUCAAAAAAGGCUUUUCUAUUAAGUGUCCACAUUAACACAGAAAAUCUCCUUGUGCCCAAAGAGGUGGUAACGCCUGCCUGUUCCUCUCUGUAAGUCUCUUGUGGUGUAGAGCCUGUCAGGAAAGUUUUCUUCAUACCUGUUCUGUCUUUCUUGUUUGAUUUAAGGUCUGUUUCUCAUACCUAACAGGGAGAAGAGAUGGUCAUCGUCUCUAACACUCUUCAGUCAGCUUCAGGCUGCUCAGCACCAGUUCAUCAGAUCAAAUUGUUACACUUCCUUCAGGGUUUUUUGCUUCUCAAAUCUAUUAUAAUUACUUUAUUUAUAUUUAAAAGCACUAAAAUUCUAUGUUUAUUCAAAUUAAUUACUCCAGUUAAUUUAUAGCACAGUAGUUUGAUAGAAUUGAGAAUAAAGAUGUUACCAUUGGAUUUAAUCAUCCGACCACCUGAAAAUCAGCACCUAAUUUUUAUAUUAUCUAACAUUUUUCUAUUAAAGUAUGUUUUAUGAUUUUUACAUCUGUACAGAUAUAACUAAAAAGCCAUGCAUACAUAAUUGUGUAUCUUUUUUUCCAUUAAACUUUAACCUAUGUUACAGUAUAAUAUUAGUAUUAUAUGUUUGGGUAUUAUGAUUGAGCUACAACAAAUAUACAUUUUUCUUUAUCAAAUACUGUAUUAAACACUAAAUGCAAAAUUAAUUUUCAAAAGCAGACCCUACAAAAAUUAGGUAUUCAUGGAUAUUUUUGUAUGUUUGUAGACCACUUUUGAAAUGCUUAUCAUUGUUUUUGUAGAAUAGACUGGACUAAGACAAUUUUCAUUUUAACUUUUAAGUGAUUAAAGCUAGGUGUUUGCAUAGAAAGGAAAUCCUUAAAAAUUUAUCCCAUGGCAUAUGAAUUUUGAGAAGGUAUACUUUAUGUUAAGAUUAUGCCCCAAAUAAAUCUAUUGAGUCUUUUUAAAUUUUUCCAUUUUGUUUUUACUGAUGUUUGUGGUGUUUCUAAUGAGCAUUGUAAACAUACACAUUCCCUUGUAAAAUGUAGUUUGCAGCCGACAUUGAAAUCUGGAACAGAACCUUUAGAACUAGAUUGCUUCAUUAGGAUGUCUAGUUUGUAACUGAAUUUAAAAAGAAAAUAGACUGUACUUGAAUUUACAACUUGACUGUUCUUUCUUUUUAAAAUGCUUUUCCCCCAUUUAAUUUGUAUUUUAAAUUCCAGAAACAUCUUCAUGGUUUGGAAUUCAGUUUUAGACAUAGUAUUACUUGAAAACUCAGGGCCCCUUUCAUCUGUUUGAACACUGAAAGAGUUCAGUUGCUAACAAGCAAUUACAUCUAGUUGAAUAUUUAAAAGUGUUUGUUGCAUAGUAAUGUUUCAUCAUAUUUGACUUAAUUCGCAUCAACAUGAUGCUUGAUUUCAUUAAUCAUAAAACUUGCCCAGUUAUGUAAUUAUUGAAUAGAAGGAAUGACUCAACUAAUUGGCCACUUGUUAUAGCAGAUUUAAGACUUGGAAUUGAAGCACUGGCUUAAACACUUCUGUUCCUGUGUCUGUGGAUAUACAUGAUGGGGCAAAUAUUUCAUUCUGGUUUUUUUUUAAUAACAUGAUUAGGAAAGGUAAUUCUGAGAUAGAAUUUUCUUACGGGAUAAUUAGCAUUGUAAGACUUUCUAAAAGUGAGCUGACAGCUCUAGCUUUGGUGACUGCUUGAUGACUUUGAAAAGGUGAGCUAUAGUGACCAGCUUUUCACAUUGUCAGAGCCAAACAGUUCUUUGAGUCAACAAAGUCAAGUUCUAAUUGGUCCGCUGUAUAUUUAAAUGUUAGCAGUGAGUUUUUUUGUAAGCAGUCUCUUGUCUCAGGCUCCCUGCCUUAUUAUCAGUGGUAAGCAUAUAAAAGAAACAUUUGUAAAGAUGUAUAAGAGUAAGAAAACUAAUGAUUAAAAAAAUGCAAUUCAAAGCAAUUAGGUUUCAAUUUAAUAUUGAGUUGCUUCACUUCUGUGGCUUUUUUUUUUUUUUCUGGUAACAUUUAUUUAUUUAAGCAACGUUGUAUGCCUUGUCUUCAUUUCUAUAGAGAUUGUAUUGUAUGUGCUUGUGUAUGCUGGAAUCAUCCUUAAUUUUGUGUUGCUAAUCUUUCAAAUGAAUUUACAUGGAUAACUGUAAAAUACACUAACUCUUAGGGUGUUAUAGCUGACACACGGAGAUGUGUAGCCACCAUGCUUUUUCUGAAUGAACAGGAGAAACAUAAGCUACCAAGUAUUCAUUUCUGAGGACGCUUUUUAGGAAAAGAAAAGCUGACAGUACCGGCACUUCCUCAGAACCCUCUUUCUUGUUAACGGGUAUCUUUUGUUGGUGUGUUUUGCUCUUAUAUUACAGAUAGAGUAUUGUGUGUGAAUUUAUGAAUAAUUACUUUUGGUUAUUUUGCUUUUGUAUAAGCCAUCUGAGACCUUGCUGUGCCGUAUAAGUUGUGUGACGGAGCAGUGUGAGUAUGAAAUAAAGCAGAUCACUUUUCUUUUGUAUUAUCUAUGGAUGCCACUAUGAACGCUGACAUUAAGCCACUAAAGAGUUUUCUAUGAAUAAGUGUAAGUAAAUGCUUUGAUAUAUAUAAACCUAAAUAAAAAGAUUGUAUUGAGACAGAGACAUUGGCAAAGGAAGUUUUAAGGCAGUUCUUUAGGUUUAAAAGGCUUGCUGUAAAAUGGUGCAUUAUUCCAUUUAUUAAAGAUCAUAUUAAUGACAAUA